GCAACCGCCCUAGGCUUAGGUGGGUCGCCGGGCCCCUCCUCCUAGAGCGGCAGCCUUUUCCCGCGCGAGCUGCCUCUGUUGCUCGGGCCGCCGGUGGGGAAACAUGGCGUCCGCCCUGGAGCAGUUCGUGAACAGUGUCCGACAGCUCUCAGCUCAAGGGCAAAUGACUCAGCUCUGUGAACUGAUCAACAAGAGUGGAGAACUCCUUGCGAAGAACCUGUCCCACUUGGACACUGUGCUUGGGGCUCUAGAUGUUCAAGAACACUCCUUGGGCGUCCUUGCUGUUCUGUUUGUGAAGUUUUCAAUGCCCAGUGUUCCUGACUUGGAAACGCUGUUUUCACAGGUUCAGCUUUUCAUCAGUACUUGUAAUGGCGAGCACAUCCGGUAUGCGACAGAUACAUUUGCUGGGCUUUGCCAUCAGCUAACAAAUGCGCUUGUGGAGAGAAAACAGCCUCUUCGAGGAAUUGGCAUCCUUAAGCAAGCCAUAGACAAGAUGCAGAUGAAUACAAACCAGCUGACCUCAGUACACGCCGAUCUCUGCCAGCUAUGUUUACUAGCGAAGUGCUUUAAACCUGCCCUUCCAUAUCUUGAUGUGGACAUGAUGGAUAUCUGUAAAGAGAAUGGAGCCUAUGAUGCAAAACACUUUCUGUGCUACUAUUACUACGGAGGGAUGAUCUACACCGGGCUGAAGAACUUUGAAAGGGCACUCUACUUUUAUGAGCAGGCCAUAACUACUCCCGCCAUGGCAGUCAGUCACAUCAUGUUGGAAUCAUAUAAAAAGUAUAUUUUAGUGUCUUUGAUAUUACUCGGCAAAGUACAACAGCUGCCUAAAUAUACGUCUCAAAUUGUGGGUAGGUUUAUUAAGCCUCUCAGCAAUGCUUACCAUGAAUUAGCACAAGUUUAUUCAACCAAUAACCCAUCGGAGCUCCGGAACCUGGUGAACAAGCACAGCGAAACUUUCACUCGAGAUAACAACAUGGGCCUGGUGAAACAGUGCCUGUCCUCUCUCUACAAGAAGAACAUCCAGAGGCUAACAAAGACCUUUUUAACACUAUCGUUACAAGACAUGGCAAGUCGUGUGCAGUUAUCUGGACCUCAGGAGGCAGAAAAAUAUGUUCUACACAUGAUAGAGGAUGGAGAAAUUUUUGCAAGUAUUAACCAGAAAGAUGGUAUGGUCAGUUUCCACGAUAAUCCUGAAAAAUAUAAUAACCCAGCCAUGCUUCAUAACAUUGAUCAAGAGAUGCUGAAAUGCAUAGAGCUGGAUGAGCGGCUGAAGGCCAUGGACCAGGAGAUCACAGUGAACCCCCAGUUUGUCCAAAAGAGCAUGGGCUCGCAAGAAGACGACUCAGGGAACAAGCCCUCCAGUUACUCGUGAGACUGAUGCCCAUCCCGAGGCAACAGAGCUGUCACCUUGAUGGCGAGUGUGAGGAGGAGGCAGGGAGCACCAUGCCGCUUCCACGCCAGUACCACCUGGACAUGCAGAAAUUCAUUUUUAACAUCUUCAGUCCUAUUGCUUUCAGAAAACCAUUCUCCACAAAGAAGAAAAAAAAAUCAAAAACUUUAGAGUCUGUUGUGGAUUUAUUUAUCCCAGAUUAUUGUUAUUAUUGCAUUAAAGUUGCCUUUUGUUUUAA